AUUGAUAGGGCCAGAUUCAACUACUAGUGGUAUUUUCGCUUUGCACCUCGUAUUGGUCUAAAAGUUUGCUAAAGGGUUGUUCGAUACUUGUGAGGCAAAUUAGAAUUGUCAUAUAACAUCACUAGUAAAUACUGCAACGAUGCUGAAAUUUUUAAAAUUACACUAAUAUUUAUCAAUACUUGGCAGAGACGUAGGGUUUAUUAUUUUAUUUGAACACAUAAAUAUUGGUACAAGAGGGCACCAAAUAUAUAUGCAUAUGAGACUACCUAAUGACAUAAUAAAGUUUAUUAGACCGGAUAAUAUGUAGUCAUAGCUUGUUAACAAAUUCCCAAGGUGUACUGAUCCUGCAGGUAGACUCUGGAGGAUUUGUCCCAAGCUCCUUAUUUUGGGGAAACCUUGGGGAAUUCUGGGUAAAUUUUAGAGUUUUCCCUAAAGUCGUAAAACUUUUGGUAGUUCUCCACGAAGUUGGGCGAAAUCUUGGGGAUUUUCCUGGGGAAAUUUUGGUGUUUUUGUACUUUUCCCCCAAAAUAUUUUAUUGCAGCUCCCUCAGAAUUUACGAAAAACGUUUUUCGUUAUCUGUACAGAUAAGUUUUUUUCGGAAAUAGUGAAAUCGGGAUGAAGGGACUAACAAGGUUGUGUAGUAGUUUCCGUUUCCAAAAUGGACUGUUUGUACCAUCAUAACUAUUGUCAGCCACACACGUACGUACGAAGUUCUACGUUGUUACUGACUGACUGCCUGACUGACACACGUAUAAUAGUUAAUGUCUGGGUCAACUUUAGGUCAUUCAUUUAAAAAGUAUUUUGCAAACUCCAGAAUAGUCUUGAAACUACUAACUUUUGACACAUGUAAAUGACCUACUUGUUGUGUUAAUGUCACUGCAGUGACAUUGAAGUCAUGGCAUUAUUGUAUGUCAACUGUUUUGAAAUGUAUAGUGAUACAAAUGCCCUGGUACGACCGAGGGUGGGGAAAGUCCACUCCCUCUCGAAAUGCUCUCAUAUGGCCACGCGUAUAUAGCCUCUGCCAGGGAAGUCCUACUCACUGCCUUCUCAUGGUGAGGGUGUUGUUUACAAAAUUGAGAGGAUGAAAAGCGAACGUUCGGCGCCUUAACCGGGUCGGUGGACACGGAGAGUCCACCUAGGGUUUGGAAAACCUUGAUUCUAAACCAAUGGUUCACAUGGGCUCCAAUAUCCUGAGGAACAAACGGCGUAUGAACCGAUUGUUGGUCAUAGGACUGCAUUUCCUUACGUCGCUUCACUGCCUUGUGGAUCAGACCUUUAGGUCAAAGGCUUCGGGUGUGGUCCCCUGAGAAAAACACUUGCCUCAAUCCGGGCACACGGGUAAUAUCACAGCCCUCACACAAAUCAAUGAUAACUGCUACUGGUCUCAUUUUUACUUUGUGGCGCAUAUGUAUUUGAUGCCCUCGUGUACCAAUCUUUAUGUGUCCAAAAUAAUGAAUAAUAAUAAUACAAAAUUCCGGAAUGGAUGUAAUAGCUCUAAAGUCAUUCAAACGGUCAAAUAUAAUGAAAUAUAUGUUGGUUCUUAUCGACCACCAAAUCUAAAAUAGAUACAGUCAUUACGGUUGAUUUGUCCACUACACUGGGCCUUGCUGUGGUCUGCUAGGAUUAAAGGUCUAAAAUCCACUACUCAUUUCUGUACAGAGUGUAAGUGGAUUUGAGAUGCUUUGAGCAAUAUUUAUCGUAUUUAGUUAUCUAGGUACAAGAGCCUUAUGGAGCACUAACUUAUAUCAGUGGUCACAUUUUUAAAGCCUAUGUACUGACUAGCUGUAACUAGGUAGCUAUUCUUAAUGUCAUGUGGUUCUAGUUUUGGUAUCGUCCCAAAAAGUUGCGGUAUUUUCUGUUUUUAUGCAGCGUACUUUUCGAGUCAUAAUUAGGUAAAGCCCAUCUCAUGUUUAGGGAGUAGUCCACUCUACUUCCAUCGAAUUAUCUCAAAAAAAAUGGGCGAAAGUCUCAUGUUGAAUAUGUGAUGCAAUGGAUUCAUUUUUACGUCAUGCAGCUGAAGCCCUUCAUUCAAGUUGUAAAAGUAAAUGGAUUCUUGUUGUUGGAAAUGAAGCAUGUGAUCUAGAUAGUACAGCAUGUGCACUUGCCUAUGGAUUUUAUAAACAAACGAAGCUUGAAAAUGAGUUCAUUGUUAUACCUGUAUGUAGUAUCAAUAGAGAGGAUAUGGUUUUGCGCACUGAAGUUACCUUUUGGCUUACUCAAUGUGGUCUCAAAUGGGAAGAGUUGAUUUAUCUGGAUGAUGUUUUCAAUGAAACCUAUUCAAAAGUGAAUGAAAAUGAAUUAUUUUUAAUUCUAGUUGAUCAUCAUUUACCAACGAAAAAGUUUAGUGAAUGGCCAACCAUUGAAAUAAUUGAUCAUCAUCAGUUAGUUAAUACUGAAACCGUUGAAAAUUGUCCUUUUAAGCAAAUUGAUCUUGUCGGAUCCUGUGCCACUCUAAUCACAUUCGAAAUUUUGAAAGGAAUGGAUGGUAAUUAUUUACCAAGCAAUGUAUGGAAGUUGCUUUAUGGUGCCAUACUUAUUGAUACAAUCGGACUUUCUAAUGCUGGUCAAAUGGCUGGACGAUUAACAGAAUUAGAUCUUCGCAUGGCUAAUCGUAUCGAAGAUAUCAUUUACAAUCAGAUUUUCACUCCAAAUGUUUCAAGAAAUUCCUUAUUUACUCAACUGGAAACAGCAAAAUUUACUGUUGAUGGGCUAUCUACAUGGAAUUUAUUACGUCGUGAUAUGAAAAUUGUUUCUAGUCCAAAUAAAGAUGCGUUCCAAUUUGUGUGCUCUACUGUAUCUGGAGUUGAUUUUACGGUGUUAAUUAAUUCUCCUGACUUUACUGAAGCAGCCAAUCAGAUAUGUGCUAAAUACAAUGCCAAUUUACUUGUUUGUCUUACUGUUGGUUAUCCCUUAUCGGAAAGUUCAUCGAUACCUUCAUCGGAGUUGACAACUUUUCGAAGAAGAGCUCUGAUUUUGUAUAAUAUGAAUUUUCCUGCUGGACGUUAUAGUGAUCUGAUUAAAUUUCUCCUGAAUCCGAAGCUUGAUCUAGAUUUACUUCCUCAGUCUGUCCCUGAUUUCAGUCAUUUUAUAGCAAUUGUGAAUAAUGUCAGAAUGACACGUAAAAUCCUACUACCUUUAUUAGUACAGUUUCUUCAGCAAUUGGGGUCUCCAAGUGAUACUGGAACUUCCGAUAAUAAUCCCAAGAAUGAUAUCGACAAUAAUGAUGAUUGUAACAAUGUUGUUAUGGAGUCAGACACAAACAAUAAUAUCUCUUCAACAAAUACUAAGAGUUCACAUUCAUUUGAUACAACUCCCAAGUGUUCAUCGGAUCUGAAAGAUAAGGUGAGGAAUGCUACUGAAUUUGCUCUAAAAGAUGUCAUUUCUUCUCUGAAGAAGUGGCUUUUACCUUUAAAUCCUCAUGAACGAUGUGAAUUUCUGAGAUCCUUUUGUCAAAGCUCUCUAAAAGCAAAUGAUAGUCCAUCACUGGACUUACUGAAUAGUUUAUGGACCAGUAUUUGGUAUGAAACUAGAAAAACUUCUAAAACUGUUAAAUCUGCCGUUGGUACACAAACACCUACACCGAAAUCAAUGUGGUUGAAGUCACACCAAACCAGACGUGUUGCGAGUAUGGUUCAAGGUAAUAGUUCAGUAAUAAAAGCAAUUUCAGGUAAAAUGGGAGGUUUCAAAUCCGCUCGACGUUUUACCUUAUCAGAUACCAACGAUCUUACAUUAUAUAAUGAAAAUAUAUCUAAAGCUCGGAUUGAUCUCUCAUCAUCACGUUUUGUUCAUCGUAUAUCUGAUGAACAUUUAUGUGUUUCCGAUUCUGAAAAUACUAAACCAAGUUGGUUAGAGACUGAAUAUUUGACUCGCAUUCCUGCCUGGUUACCGUCUACUUUAACAUCAACUUCUUUAGAUUCAGCCGAAGCAGUCAGUUAUAGACUUUAUCGUCGUUUGUCAGGAAUGCCGUUGUCCAAGGAUUCCGAAGAUGAAGUGUCUUAUGGUCACACAUCGUUUCAAAGAGAUAAUCAUGAUGUUCACAUCAUACAUGAUAAAGACCAGGACAUUGAUUAUAAUAAACUUGAAGAUGAUGAAUUAGCUUUACUUCGAACAUCACUUACAGAUUGUCGACAAUUGUUCAUAGAUAAACAAACAUCAACGUCUAAUUUAUCCAAUUAUACUAGCUGGCUUUCUAGUCAUCCGGAUCAUAUUACCGAACAAGGUCUUAAAUUUCUUAAAUUAGGUUUCGAUCUUCAGCCUGCGAAAACUGAAGAUAUAGGUAUGACACUAAAAAUGACUAAAUCAAUACUUAAUAACGAACAACAAAGUCACCCGUCUUUUCAUGUUACAUUUGAUCUUGGCUGUACAGAAAAUUCCAAAAUAAUGAUAUCAGACGAGACAGUGGAUGAAUAAUUCCAUGAAACCAAAUACAAUUCAAUUAUUGUUAAUUCAUCGAAAAUUGAAUAAUAAUUAUAACAUUAAUUGGUUCAAACAAUUUAUUUCCAAUUAUUCACAUGUUAUUCGUGUUAGUUUUAUAAAAUUUACAUUAAAUUUCUUCUCAAAAAUAUAAUCAUUUUCCCUGUUGUGUACAUCUUGUAUUUUAGUUUGUUUGUUUAUUUUCCCUUUCUGUAUACGUUAAAUGUUUAGUUCAUUUAUAUUGAUACUCUUCUGAUUAUACGUUACAUAAUCAUUAUUAGUUAUUUUAUGCUUUUCUUGUUGUUUAUAAUUUCACUUAUUUCUUGAAUUCGUCGUUGUUGUUGUUGUUGUAAUUCUCUUUCUUUUUUCUUCUUUUUUUGUUUCAUUAUUUCACAGUUGUUUUAUUAUUAUUAUCAAUUAGUUCUAUGUUUGUUUUAACAAUUUUUGUUUACAUUUUCAAAUCAGUAAUUUCAGUUUUAUUCUGUUUACUUUGAUUGUUUAUAUUUUUUAUGUUUACAUCUAGAAUAUUUCUGUUUUAUAUUCAUAUUGUUAAUAAUGAUACUACUAAUAAAAAUUUCAUGUUCUGUCUUAUUUUGUUUUUAUUUUAAACAAAAUAUAAAUCUAAUUUUUAUUUCCUUAAUUGAAUGUAUCAUAUUGAAUCACUAUCAUUGACCUAAUUUAAAAGUUACAUGGAUGAAGUUAAAGGAUAAUGUAAUAUACAUUGAUGAAGUUCAUGAUUGGUUUAUCUCUCACUAAAACAAUACUAAGUUCAUGUUUACAUAUUUCAUAAUCGAUAAUAUUAGCAUAAUUAAAGAUGCCAAUAUUGUUCUAGGAAUUAGCAGUGAUUUAAUUUUUAAAGUAUUUACAUUUCAAGUAAUACGUUGUAAAGUUCGAACCUUUCACUAUGUACUCCAUUUCGGACAACAGGGUAUCAAUGCUAAUCAUCACACAAACAUUGUGAUUAGAAGUAAGAUAAAUAAACCGAUAACUGGUAAAUCAAUUACAUUACACGCUAAAAGGU